AUGGACGAAUUUUUUGAGAAAUUCUCUUCUAAAGAUGCUGAGCAACUUCACAGUAAACUCAUAGAAGCUAAAUUAAAGGCAGAUGAAGAUGACGAAGAUGACGAUGAUGAUGAUUGGAAUGAAUUCGAGACCGAUGAUGAAGAUGACAAGGACAAUUAUUGGGACCCUAGCAAAAUGUAUACCGGAUGGGAUUAUUUAGCUCAUUUUGGGGAAGAUGCUUGGAAUAAACUUAGCUCGGUUGGCUCACCAUCGAAAUAUUGUAUUUAG